UCUAAAUCUAUGAAAAAAAAAUUGCAAUUGUUAAAUAGGAUAUUAAUCGUAAUUGAGUCAAUUUUAUUGAAAUAUUAUUGACUUAUAAAUUAUUUUUUCUAUCAUAAGUAUUUUUCAUAGUUUCAGUUUCAUGUUAUUAAUAAAAAUACGUAUAGUUUAAUUUAAUUCAAAGUCUAUUUUCUACAUUGCAUAUAUUUGUCUAUUAUAAGUCUAUUUGCACAUAAUGGAAUCGUGCAACAUAUGGAAUAUGCAUAUUUAAAUAAAUGCCGCCUUGAACGUACGAUCGUGUUGUACAUUUAUGGAACAUACCAUCGACAUUUGAUAAAAAAGAAGGAAGGGGGAAGAACUCCAAACUUGAACUCCAAAUGCCACUACACUUCGUAACUGAUGGAGUAUUGUGGACUUUUCUCAGUAUAUAACGUUGAAAUAACGCAGGCUAUGUAUCGCAUACAAACGAGAACUUCCGACAACUUUCUCUUUCCCUCUCUUAAUUCAUCAGAGUUUAUCAGGCUCAUGCUCUAUCCACCAUGUAUCUGUGUAACGUUAUCGUUUGUAUGGCCCGCAUUUCAACGAACUUCUCUUGUUAUGCACUGAUAUAACACUGUGUACGUAUCAUAUCGUAUACAAUAUCUAGACAUAGCGGACACUGAUAUAUAUAAUGAUAUGUACACUCAAGGCGAGGCUGUCUCGAUACGAGCAAAUAGGGCGAUUGUCGGUCUUUUGACGAGAUCAAAGGUGCUCGCAAUUCCUUACUUGCUUUGCCUUAACACGUAUUGAACAACUUCGUCGAUACUCCGCCUCGCGUACUUUGCUACUUGGCAGCGCGAGUCAAUUCAAAUGAGACAGCUAUCGAGUGAGGCAACCUUGUGUCGUACAGGUCAGCCUCGCACUGUCAGUAGUCCGUACUCUGUACUCUGAACUUUAGUACUGUAGUCUGUUCUGUACUCUAUAUUCUACGAGAUCCCGCGCCCGCGAAGCAUCUUAAUCGCAACCAUAUCGUAGCUUUAGUGCAUAGCGCCACUAUCGUUCGACUGGCGUACUUCAUAACUAUGUGUACUUUUAACAUAGAAGUUCUAGGUAGAAAUCUGUGUAUAAGUACUUUACUCUCCUAUCCUCCUCUUUACCCUCGCAGUACGUCGUGUCGUGUCUAUUAAUGACAAAAUGUAGAUUCUGCAAGGGCGAUGGAGAAUACAGGAGAGUGAAGUACGCUAGUCGAACGAUAGUGACGCUACAUACUAAAGCUACAAUAUGGCUGUGAUCAAGUUGCUCUACAAUCACAAUCAAUAGUAUAUACAAUAAGAGUACACAUAAUAAUACAUAUCAGUAUCGUGGCAUGAACAUACCUAUAUCACCAUGUUCGUACAUAAAGAUAUUCGAAACUUAAUCCACAUUAAGAUAAAAAGUACCAAAAAACGUAUACUUUUCUAAUGUCCUUGCCUAGAAGAAACGUGCUAUUCAUCCUCUGUUUUAAUUUCAACUUUGGUGAUAUAAUUAGUUUUAACUGACUUUAGUUAUAUUAUUUCGUCGAAGCAAUUUAUAUACGAAAUAAGCCAAAACAUGCAACCAUAUUUACGCGGCUUCUAAACUCACGUCGUAGCAACGCAUGACAGUUCUCCCUAUGCAGUUUACAGCGUACAGCAACGUAAUACAUACAUCGUUGCAACUAUAUCCGGUUUACAAGAAAACUGGCUUAAUUUAAGGUGUUAAUGCAUUAGAUUAUGGAUGACGAACUAGAAGACAAGAUUUUAUAUCAGACAUAUGUAUCAUACAUGAAGCUAGUAUCAAAGUUUGCAGUGGGUAUUCCCACAGGAUUAAAUGCUGGCAUAAAUUCUCCUUUAGGCUAUUUUUGGAGAAUCAUGAGAGUCUAUGCAUUGAAGCCAGAAGUAUUAAUUUGUGGUGCAGUUUUGGCAGUAAUUCUAUUUUAUAUACAAACUAUUGAUAUAUGGAGCCGAUCACUACUAGGAAAAAUCCAAUAUACACUUGGUCGUACUACAUCGAAAGUAUCAAAACUACCAUUUUUGGUUAAUGAUUCUGUAAAUAAUGGGAUGAAGCUGAGUUGGGAAUUAAAACAAGGACACAUUGCUGCAUAUGCUAUUCAAGGUCAUAGAGCUCGUAUGGAAGAUCGUUUUGUCGUAAAUGAAGAUAUGAACAAUACAGGUGUAUCUUUAUUUGCAAUAUUUGAUGGACAUGGUGGAGAAUUUGCAGCAAAUUAUGCACGUGAUAAACUUAUUCCAAACAUUAAUAAAAAAGUGAUUGAAUUAAAAGAUAUGAUAGCUGGUAAAGCAACACACAUAUCAGAAGACAUAAAGGAAAAUGAAGAAACAGAGAAGAAAGAGGAAAAAAGUAAUGCAGAUCACAUUGAACGCAAAAAAUCUUUUCGUAAAACUGUAAGCACUUCUUUAACAGAUGAUUGUAUGAAAAAAAAUGUUGAUGUAACUGAUCCAGAAUUACUUGAUAAAUUGGAUAGCUUGUCAAGACCAAUAACAAGAGAGGUAAAACCAUGUAGAACAGUGGAAAAGCCACCAAAAGUGGAUAUUACAAAUUACUUGGAUGGAAAUAAAAUAAACUAUGGUAGAUUACUAACUGAUGAAGUAUUGGCCGUAGAUAAAUUAUUAGUUGAGGCUGCAAAGAAAAAUAUGGAUGUAGCUGGUACAACUGCUUUAAUUGCUCUCUUAGAAGACAAUAAAUUAAUUGUAGCAAAUGUUGGAGAUUCAAGAGGUGUAAUGUGUGAUGGAAAAGGAAAUGCCAUACCUUUAUCCUUUGACCAUAAGCCGCAACAAGAAAGAGAAAGAAGGAGAAUUAACAAAGCUGGUGGUUUAGUAACAUUUAAUGGUGUAUGGAGAGUUGCUGGUAUAUUAGCAACUUCUCGAGCUUUGGGAGAUUAUCCAUUAAAAGAUAAAAAAUUAGUGAUUGCUGAUCCUGAUAUUUUGACUUUUGAUCUAAGUGACCAUAAUCCGAUGUUUAUCGUCCUGGCAUCAGACGGUUUAUGGGAUACUUUUACAAAUGAAGAGGCUGUCGCGUUUAUUAAGGAACGUAUAAACGAACCACAUUUUGGUGCAAAAAGUAUCACAUUACAAAGUUAUUACAGGGGUUCUGCAGACAAUAUAACUGUAGUUGUAAUUAAUUUGAAGGAUCGUAAAUACAGCAUAUCAGAGAUCAAAUAGAAUCAAUAAUCUUUUAAUUAUACAACGAAUUUAUGUUUUUUCCAAAGAUAUUCUAGAUUUAUUAAUUACUCAUUAACGAAUAGUAAGUGUAAAUUUCUCUCUCUCAUUUGUGUAAUACAGAAAUAUGAUGUUUCAGUCUUUAUUAAAAUGUUUCCCUUUUUAUAUAGUCAAUUUUAGUUUUGUUAUAAUAUCAUAUACAUUUUUAUGUAUUGUAUAUUUAAUGUGUUACAAUACGUAUGAAAUAUCCCUCUUUUAUCUAUAAAAUUUAAACAAGUGCAAUAUUUUCUUUUACCUCGUAUGUUUUUGAAAUUAAAUAUGUUUGUAUCAUAUGUUAUUAAAUUUAUCCUCUGAAAUAUCUAUUUUUCUAUUUCACAGCAAGUACAGAAUUCAUAUAUACUUAUGCAUGUUAUUUAUGCAUUUUGUAAUAAUGGUCUAUAUAUAUACAUACAAUACUAUAAAGUUACAACAUAGUACAAACGUGAACAUAUAAUAUUUAUUUUUGUAUAAAUUUGAAUGAAUGAAUUUCGUAAAUGAGUAAUUUGAAAAAUCACAUUUGGAUAUGUUACAUAAAAUAACUACUAACAUUUAAUAUAACACUUUAUACUUAAAUGACUAAUGAUCGUUUAAAUGUAAAAAAUUCUGUACAUUGAAAGUAAUAAGUAAUAAAAGUAUAAUAUAAAUACAUAAAAUUUAGUUCUAAUUUUUAAUGUUGUUAACAAAAAGUUUUUAUUGGGAACUUAAUAACAGUUACAACGUCAUAUUAUCUAAUAUGAGAUAAAUUAUAAUAUAUCAUCAUCUUCAAUUUCUAACAAAAUAUUAAUGAAAUUAUGAGUUCUGUUACAAUUACAAUAUACACGUAUAAAUUUUAUAUUACCAAAAUUCUUUUUAUUCAUAUAAUACAUACAAAAUUAUAUACUAGAUAUUUUUAAAUUGUAUACUUUACUUUAUUAUAUAAAAGUUGAAGCACAGAAAAUUUUAUAGUGUUCAAAUAAAUACAUUUUGCUGUUUAUAAAGUGCGACCAAAAUUGAUCUUAAAUAUUAUACUACAAAAUAUUUAUUCAUUAAAAAUUAAUUCCAUGUUUGAAAGUGUAUACAUAUUUAGGUAUCACAUGAUGUUAAAUUUUCAUAUUUUUGAUGUAACAAGCAGUUAGUAAGCUAUAAACUAGCCAUUUUUUUAUGUUUUUAGUCAAUUCUAUAAAAAUGUAGAUAUAUUUAUAUUAGAUUGUAGUAUAAAUCUCAUUAUUAUUUGAAUACAAAUUCAACUAUUAGCCACAUAGAAUAACAUAACAUUAAAAUAAUUUGUUUAAGUAUAUGUAGAAAUAGUAAUAUUUUUCGUCAUUUUAUAAAAUUUUUAAUUGUAUAUAACUUCGAACUAUAAAACAUCAUUGAAUAUUUUUGAUAAAAUUUUAUCUAUUGUUCCUAUGCACUUUAUAUAAUUUUGAAAUUGUGAAAGUUUUUAUUAUUAACAUAGGUAAUAUUAUAAAUUCUAUAAAAUCGAAAAUGUAUUAAUGCAAUCAUACAUAAUGUAAAUCAAUAUAAAAAUCUGUUUGUUUUUCUUUCAUAUACUUAUGUUAAUAAACAAUUUUUACAUUCCUGGA